AUGGCCAACCUUUGGUUUCGUUUUUCCUCCUCCAUGUUCUCAAUGCUUUGCUGUCUCGUGGUCUGCCCAACUUUGUGUCACACCAAUUUCACCAAAAAUGAUGAAUUGGCACUUCUUGCUUUCAAAUUUUCUGUGAGAGACCCGUUCAAUCACUUGGCCAAUUGGUCUAACUCUUCCUCCAUUUGUGAUUGGGUUGGGAUUACUUGUGAUGCUAAUGGUGAGAGAAUUAGUGUACUGAAUCUUGCUGACAUGAGUCUCAUAGGCACCUUGCCCUCACAAGUGGGGAAUUUGUCCUCCCUUGUUGAACUUGACCUUCAUAGUAACAACUUUCAUGGUGAGUUACCAAAGGAGUUGCAGCAGUUACACAAGUUGGAAAUUCUCACCCUGAGCUAUAAUGAAUUUGACGGAAAAAUUCCAGCUUGGAUUGGAAGUUUAUAUGCUCUUCAGCGCUUGAAUUUUCGUAAUAAUAGUUUUGGGGGUGUUACUCCCCCAAGUGUAUCGAAUUUGUCAAAGUUAGAGACAUUGGAUUGGACUUCUAAUUUUAUCCAUGGAUCCAUUCCACUUGAGGUUGGAAGGCUUCAACAUUUGAAGAUUUUACUUAUACAAGUGAACAAUCUUUCUGGAAAAAUACCUCUAACUAUUUCUAACUUAUCCUCACUUGAGCAGAUGUCUUUGUCAUACAACUAUUUAACAGGAGAUAUUCCAAGAGGGUUCAAUUAUCUUCAAAAUUUGAAGAUUCUAUCUUUAGAUGGUAAUGAGCUUUCUGGCCAAAUAACAUCAAAUAUCUUCAAUAUGUCAGAGUUACAAGAGAUUGACUUAAGUUGGAAUAAUUUGUCAAAAAGUAUUCCCUUUGAUAUAUGUCAUGGACUUCCAAAAUUACAAGGGCUGUAUCUUCAACAUAACGAAUUGUCUGGAACCCUGCCAUCUAAUUGGAUACAAUGCAAAGAGCUCCAAGACUUAUAUUUAGAAAACAACUUCUUCACAGCCUUCCAUCAGAUUUUGGAUGUGGCCUUUCCUAAUCUUGAAAAGCUAUAUUUAUGGGGCAACAAACUUUCUGGAAAUAUCCCAAAUACUAUUUCCAAUGCCUCUAAGCUGGCCAUUUUGAGGUUGGAGGAAAAUAAUUUUAGAGGGGUUUUACCAAGAACACUUGGGGAUUUAAGAUACUUGGAAAUCCUUCAAAUAAAUGGUAACAAUUUAACCACAUCAGAUAGUUCCAAUUCCAAAACCAACUUUAUUACCUCAUUGACUAAUUGCAGGCAUUUGAAUAUUUUGGAUCUCUCAAUGAAUCCAUUGUAUAUAAAACUUCCCAAGUCCAUUGGAAACUUCUCUGCUUCUCUACAAGAGUUGGACAUAAACUCUUGUGGUAUUAAUGAUAACAUACCAUCAGAAAUCGGGAAUCUUACUAAAUUGAUUAGACUAUCUUUGGAUGAAAAUGUUUUGAAAGGACCAAUUCCAAUAACAAUUGGCAGCUUACAUGCUCUUCAGUUUUUGAGCCUCAAAGGCAACAACUUGCAUGGUUUAGUUGUUGAUGAGCUUUGUGAGAUCAAACCACUUGGCUAUUUACAUCUAAGCCAAAACAAGUUUUCUGGAGUAAUGCCACCUUGUUUAGGAAAUAUUCCUCCUUAA